CAGGUUGAAAACCUCGACAACUUGCCCAACCUCAUCUUCCUUGAUCUGUACAACAACCAUGUGCGCGUCAUAGAGUGCCUGACUGCAGUGACGACCCUGCGGGUCUUGAUGCUGGGAAAGAAUCACCUCGAGAGGAUCCAGGGGCUUGACAAGCUGACAAGGCUGGACGUGCUCGAUCUGCACAGCAACAACAUCUCCACCAUUGAAAACCUCGACAACUUGCCCGAACUCCGAGUCCUCAACCUGGCCGGGAAUCAGAUCAAGGUGGUCAACAACCUGUCCUCCCUAGCAUCCCUCACUGAGCUGAACCUCCGGCGCAACCUGAUCACCGAGGUCCGAUCGCUGGAGGCGAUCUCAACGCUGCAGCGGGCGUUCAUCUCCAACAACCAGCUGGCAUCCUUCGACGCGCUUGAGUCGAUCUUCAUGAACAAGAACCUUCUAGAGCUGGCGCUCGAUGGCAACCCGGUGGCGAGUGAGUGCGGCUACAGGCAGGUUGUGCUGGACAACCUGAAGAACCUGCGCCACCUUGACCUCAAGCGCGUG